AUGCCCCAGGAAAAGCUAAAAAUACUGGUAUUCAACCCAGCAACCAAGAAUUUAGCAAAAGCUGUGAAUCUUGUCAACCGUCAACAAAGCAAAGCGGGACCUUUUGAGUUUGCACUUUUCUUGGGUGAUGUUUUCACAGAAAACAAUGCCACAUAUGUUGAAGAAUUAAAGCCAGAAAUACCUAUUUACUAUUCAGAAGGUGAGGCACAGUACAAGUCUUCAGAAAAAUUACACGAAAACUUCAACUAUUUGGGUGAAAUUGGGGUAUUGAAGCUGGCCAACGGAUUGAAGAUAGGAUAUGUCACGGGUGAUUUAAAGAACAAGACUUCUGAUGAGAUUCUGUCAAAAUUUAAAUCUCAACAUGUCGAUAUUUUAUUGACCUAUCUAUGGCCAGAUGCUAUUGCAAAGGAAGAAAAAUUAAUACUGUCAGGAGAACCCAAGCUAGAUUGCUUAAUUGACAAUGUUCAACCGAGGUAUUGGUUUGCUUGUGGUGGAGAAAAAGGGAGGUUUUUUGAACGUGAACCCUAUUCAAUAAAUGGUAGAAUCACUAGGUUUAUUAGUUUAGCAGCGAUGGAUGAAGGAAGGUGGUACUACGCUUUUCAAAUCUCUUUGUCUCCGGAGUUGCUUCAAGAACCAAUAGGCCCACCACCUAUAGUCUUUAAAAUUAACUCAACCUCCAAAAGAACUCUAACUUUAAGCAAUGAAGAACCCCAAAAAGAGCAAAAACAGCUGGCAAAGCCUUUGCCGGUGAUUACAUCGGAGAGCUGCUUUUUAUGCUUAUCAAACCCUAACUUUGAACUGCAUAUGGUCAUUCAUGUUGGAAAUAUGGCAUUUUUGACAGUUACAAAAGGCCCUCUGACACCAAAACAAGAUUUUGGAUUUUCUGGCCAUGGGAUGAUUGUUCCUAUAAAUCACCACGCUACGUUACGUUUACACGCCAAAAGUUUUGAUGAUGCCCUACGGGUGGAAAGCUCUUCACUUUAUAAGGAGAUAACCAAAUAUGAAGAGAAUCUUACUAGGAUGUUUAGAUCUUUGGGAGACUAUUCCGUAAUUUUCUGGGAAAUCUCUAGGAAGAGAAGCGUGCAUUCUCAUAUUCAGUUUUUACCAGUAAAAGAUGACGUGAUUAUGAAUUUUGAAAAGGUAUUGCAAAACCAAAUCGAGUUUUAUAAAAGGUACAACACUGAUACAAUUAUGUACAAAAAGUUUGAGUCAACUAGCGACAUGACAGAAUAUUUUGACAUCAUUAAUUCUGAAGAUUAUGUUUCAUUUACUGUUCAUGAGAAAACUAGGAUAAUACGAUACUUGAUCAAAUUGGGAAAUGAUGACGAUAAAUAUUUUGACGCACAGUUUCCAAGAAAAGUAGUGGCAAUAUUAUUGAACCUGAAACAUAGAAUCCGUUGGAACAAAUGCAUAGAAACCGUAUCUCAGGAAAGUGAACAAAAGCAAUAUUUCAAGAAUUGUUUUCGGAAAUUUGACAUUUUGAAGGGGCAAGGUUGCAAUUAA